AUGGACUCUAGCCUGCUGACCUCUAUCCCCCUGGGGCCCACCAAGCCCUGGUCUUGGGAUCACGAGGCAGCAGACUCACUUCCUGAUUCGGGUGAAGAUGAGCAUCACCUCUUGCCAAUCGGUGAAAAAGAUGUGGAUCUGGGGGUUUUAAAAAGUUCAGAGCCCCCUAAGAAGACUGCAUCAUCUGAGCAGGAGUCCCUAGCUCUGUCUACUUUGGAGGCUGCGGCUACAGCCCUGCAGCAGGCUGCAGCUCCUCCAAAGCCCUCUGAGGUGCCGGUAGAACAGCAAGCGCUGGUUCAGGCUCAGUGGCCAACCAUUCCACCUGUGGACCUGGGAAUCACCAUCACUCCUGAACAUAGUGUGGGGGCUGUGGCUACAGCCCUGCAGCAGACUGUGGCUCCUCCAAAGCCUUCUGAGGUGCCGUUUGCACAGCAAGUGCCGGUUCAGGCUCAGUGGCCACCCAUUCCACCUGUGGACCUGGGAAUCACCAUCACUCCUGAACACAGUGUGGGGGCUGCGGCUACAGCCCUGCAGCAGACUGCAGCUCCUCCAAAGCCCUCUGAGGUGCCGGUAGAACAGCAAGCGCCGGUUCAGGCUCAGUGGCCAACCAUUCCACCUGUGGACCUGGGAAUCACCAUCACUCCUGAACACAGUGUGGGGGCUGUGGCUACAGCCCUGCAGCAGACUGCAGCUCCUCCAAAGCCCUCUGAGGUGCCGUUUGCACAGCAAGUACCGGUUCAAGCUCAGUGGCCACCCAUUCCACCUGUGCACCUGGGAAUCACCAUCACUCCUGAACACAGUGUGGGGGCUGCGGCUACAGCCCUGCAGCAGACUGCAACUCCUCCAAAGCCCUCUGAGGUGCCGGUAGAACAGCAAGCGCCGGUUCAGGCUCAGUGGCCACCCAUUCCACCUGUGGACCUGGGAAUCACCAUCACUCCUGAACACAGUGUGGGGGCUGUGGCUACAGCCCUGCAGCAGACUGCAGCUCCUCCAAAGCCCUCUGAGGUGCCGUUUGCACAGCAAGUACCGGUUCAAGCUCAGUGGCCACCCAUUCCACCUGUGCACCUGGGAAUCACCAUCACUCCUGAACACAGUGUGGGGGCUGCGGCUACAGCCCUGCCGCAGAAUGCAGCUCCUCCAAAGCACCCUGCGGUGACACUUCCACAUCCAGAGAGUGUUCAGGCUCCUCAGGCAACCUUUCCACCUGUGGAACUGGAGCUCACCAUCACCCCAGUGUCUACGGUGGAGACUGGUACUACAGCCCUGCAACAGACUACAGCUCCUGCAAAGCACCCUGAGGUGACACUUCCACCGCCAGAGACUGUUCAGGCUCCUCAGGCAACCUUUCCACCUGUGGACCUGGAGCUCACCAUCACUCCAGAGUCUACAGUGGAGACUGGUGCUACAGCCCUGCAACAGACUACAGCUCCUGCAAAGCCCUCUGAGGUGACACUUCCACCGCAAGAGACUGUUCAGGCUCCUCAGGCAACCUUUCCACCUGUGGACCUGGAGCUCACCAUCACUCCAGAGUCUACAGUGGAGACUGGUGCUACAGCCCUGCAACAGACUACAGCUCCUGCAAAGCCCUCUGAGGUGACACUUCCACCGACAGAGACUGUUCAGGCUCCUCAGGUAACCUUUCCACCUGUGGACCUGGAGCUCACCAUCACUCCAGAGUCUACGGUGGAGGCUGGUGCUACAGCCCUGCAGCAGACCACAGCUCCUGCAAAGCACCCUGAGGUGACACUUCAACAUCCAGAACUUGUUCAGGUUCAGCAGGCAGCUUUUUCUGAAGUCACAGCCACAGUUCUAUCGUUUGACCUGGAAGUUACCAUAACUCAGCCACCAGCGUCAUCAGAGACAGUUCCUCCAAUGACUGAACAGAGUGCCACCGUGAACAUAUGUGAGCUCUGCUCCUGCAGUAAUGGGACACUGUCAUGUAUUGGUUUUGGCUCCAAGCGGAGGCUCAACAGAGUGCCAGUACCAGAGCCCAGCACCUAUAAUGGCACCUUCACCAUCUUAAACUUGCAAGGAAACGCUAUUUCUUACAUUGGUAAAGAUACCUGGAAGUCAUACCAUUUGGUUGAGAAACUAAAUCUCAGUGCAAAUAAUUUGAGAGAAUUACGUAAAGAUUCAUUUGAAGGCCUGGUUUCCCUCCACUAUUUGGACUUGUCCUGCAAUAAAAUUGAAUUUAUUGAAAAGAAUGCAUUUGAUUCAUUACCUUUUUUACAAUAUAUAAAUCUUGGUUGCAAUUUAAUCACAAAAGUGAACUUUGGAACAUUUCAGACCUGGCAUGGAAUGCAGCUGUUACACAAGUUAAUUCUACAUGAAAAUCCUCUGAUGACUGUUCAAGAUCCAUAUCUUUUUAAUUUGCCAGCAUUGAAAUAUUUAGACUUGGGAACAACACAAGUGACUUUGACAACACUUGAUAACAUUCUCAUGACAGCUCCUGAAUUAGAGAAACUCAUCUUACCUAACCAUUUGGCCUGCUGCCUCUGCCAAUUUAAAAAUAAUAUUGAGGCUGUUGCCAAGACGGUCAAACUGCAUUGUGAGAUCGAAUGUGUGACCGACACACCUUGUGAUGAAGAACUCAUAAUAGAAGGACCGCUAAUGAACACAAUUCAGGGCCGGCAGAACAGCAGCACUGAGCUGACCAUUGAGCCAGAGAGGACAUCCUCUAUCAAAAAUGGUGACACUUCCUCAUCCCUUAUGAGCCUUCUGAUGAGACUGCUCACUGAGCAGGAGGAAGUAAAGAUAUCCAACGCAGACUGGGAUGGGGAACAAUGGAAAAAUGAGUGGAUGCAUGCCCUCAGGAAGCAGGAAGAGAAGGUGACUAAUGAGCUCAGGAAAAAAGUGCCAAGAUAUAAGAACGAAGUCAUCAUUGCCGCACCUGUGAUUGCAGUAACAACGUUUUAUUUUGUAGUUUUCUGUCUCAUUGUGAUUUUUCGGAAGAAGAUACAUAAAAGGGGAAGCUCAAGGUAA